GCUACUUGUCACCUGACACCCCAAGUACACGACUUGCUCUCCUCCAAUCUCGGGGAGCCAGUUCUGACGGUGCUGGAAGACACAGCUGCAAAUGGACAUGAUUCAUUGACAGCGGCAUGUAUGCCUACAUUGAGCUCUGCAGAUAACUCAGGCUCUCCGGACGCUGCCGAUCGAGGUAAUAUAUCAAGCAAGCCACAGGAACAAAUUCAGCCACGGGAAGCAGUGAUACUCACACUUGUGCAGAGAACUUGGUUCUGGCUCUAGGUGAGAUGAACACGCAGGCCAAACUUCCUGGUUCACAGGCCAUCGGCGCUGCUAUUAGCGUCCAUAACGCUCCUCCCCCUCUUCGUCUAUUCCGUGGCAUCGGCUUCAACGCAAAGAGUGGAGUGCUCAGAACAAAGCCAUCACCAAAGCAGGGUGCAGAUGACAGCCCGGAUGGCUGCUUUGUGAGACUCCGUGCAGAGCGCGAUCUCGUCAUGGUCAUGUCUGCAUGCAUUGAUCAUAUGUCUGGCGUGAAAGCUUCUGGAACCCGAAUGUUCGAGGCAUACUACUCUGUCGAGGAUGCUGAAAUAUCAGCGACCAAACAACGAGGCCACGAGGCCGAGAUGCGAAAGUCAAAUGCUCAGGCGCAGAAAGCUGCUGCUCUGAAGCUGCAGGACACUAAGAAACAGCCAACGAAGAUAAUCUCAAACGCCACAAAGUCUACCACAGGUCAAAACUCAACGGGCGAGUCGACUCCGCAGUCCUCAAUCUCGAAGCUGAAAGUGGGAUCUGCGACGGUUUCCGACGGAGCCAACGAGCUGAAGACAAGUAAAAUAAGCAAGGUCGAGACUGCCAGCGAAGCCAAAGUGCAGGGUACAGGUAUCAACAAGAAAGACUCGCAGCAGGAUACUCUCGAUCAUGAAACGGCGAGACCAGUAACGCGUAAGGGAGCAGACACAGGAGGGUCACCAUCAAAGGAAAAGAAGAAGCCGCGUAAGAUUGUGAGGCCGGGUGCGAAAGCUCAACAGACCUGAAACACUCAAGAAAAAGGAGGAACUUGACUCCAAUCAUAUGCCAAGGGAAUGAGGGUAGGCGUGUUGGCAGGUAACCGAACACUUCCAAUCGGAGCAAAUCGGCCGAUCGAUCGAUCGAUCAAUCCAA